CCCUCAAAUCAUUCAAAAUGGUCAAGACUAAGAAGUCCGGUGACACUCUCUCCUCGCGCCUUGCGCUUGUGAUGAAGUCUGGAAAGGUCACCAUGGGUACCAAGUCCACCAUGAAGACUCUCCGCUCUGGCAAGGCCAAGCUUGUCCUCAUCUCCGGAAACUGCCCUCCCCUGCGCAAGUCCGAGCUUGAGUACUACGCCAUGCUCGCCAAGACCCCCGUCCACCACUUCAACGGCAACAACAUUGAGCUCGGUACCGCUUGCGGUAAGCUCUUCCGCUGCUCCGCCAUGGCCAUCCUCGAUGCCGGUGACUCCGACAUCCUGAGCCGUGACGCUUAA